AUGUUGGACUAUGAGAGACAAAAGGCUCGCUUAACUUACGAGAAAUUUCAGCUUAUCACCAAGCGGAAGCCAUACGAGGAAGUGAACCGUAAGCUUGCCACACUCGAGAAAAAUGGGUGUUUUGCCGACCCUCUAGAUGCUAGCAGAGCGAAGGAAUUAAUUCGGAACUCGAAGGAUAUCAACAACCUCGGCAAUGUUGUUAGAUAUCUCCGCUCUCAGAGGAUUUAUGAUGAAUUGUUGGGAAGAUAUAACCCUGGGCUCUCCAUGAGCCAAGGCGAAAAUGUGCAGAAGACAGCUAAUAUGGUUGGACUACAAGUACCUGAGAAUAAAUAA